GGGCGCACGGCUGGCAGGCUGGCACGGCGCACCACCCCUUUGCCUCGGCCCGUCUGACAGCCCCACGGCCAGACCGCCUGCACUUCUGCAUGCCGUCGGCCUAGCGACCCCCACGGCAGCCCCGACUUCGGUUUCUUCGACGCUCCCAUGGUCAAGAUCAGCAUGCCCGACACGUCGACUUCUGCGGAAAACGCAGAGUGGACCGCGGAGGACAGGCGUGCGGUCAAGGAGCUGCGCGACCACCUGCGGCAGAUGCGCGAGGUGAUGGACGACAGCGAGUACGCCGAGGUGCUGGCGGCCAUGGCCAACACGCCGCCGGGGAAGAAGCCGCGCGUGCCCAACAGGGCCAGCGUCAUCGACGGCAGCUUCAUGAGCUUCGUCUUCAUCUUCGUGUUCACCGUCAUCUGCUUCGUCAGCUACUACGCGUUCCAGAACCUGUACCACGCCAUCCUCAAGAAGUUCCCCACGGUGCAACACACCGAGCUGUAGGCUGUCGCAAGUUUCUCUUUAUCCAAAUUUUCUAAAAAAAGAAAAAAAUGUUAUGUGAAUUUUUCUCCUCUAUGUCCCCUCUGUUUUUCACGUAGGAUGUUUAUGCCACACUUCUCUUGUGUUGGCUGAUUAAAAAGACCAGGCAUCUAGUGGCAUGUUCUUAAUUUAUUUGUCUUACUCUUUGCUGACUAUGACAGAUAUGCAUAGGGUGUCUACUCCAUGACUAAUCUUUUUCAACUAGUGCGUGGGGCUCACAAGCCUUUGUGACCUGACAAAUAAAUAGAUUUUUACUUAUUAAAAUGACUGAUGAGAACUAAAGUGAUUGAAGACUAAUAUUAAUCUAAUGUAAUCAUGUGAUCCUUUAAUGUGAAGAAAAUUGUUGUUCUAUCCUGUUCCAUAAAAAAAGACUUACAAUCUCUAAUUCCAUGGGAACAGGUGGGACUUAACAGUUGUAGAUUCUUUUCUAAAACCCGAGAGGGAAUUAAACUGCAUGUUAAACUUUAGCAAAUAUGAAACAUCAUUUUAAUACUUGUUUUGUAUUGAUAAACUUGAAAUAAAAUCCAAAAAAGA